AUGGCUAUUGUUACUGGAAACCCACACGUUGACUACGUCGUCACUGUUCUUGUCACUUACAUUGUCUCCAUUGCCACAUUGGCUUUUGAUGCUGCUCAAAAAUUCUACAUUUACUACCCAGAUGUUGCCACAGCUGUUUCUGUUGUUUUUGGUGUUUUGUUCUUAGUUUAUUUCAUUAGAAAUAUUGUUUCAAUUGUUGUUGGAUUAGUUAAAACAUUGAUUAAAUUAACAUUGAUCUUGACUGUUGUUUCAAUUGGUUCAUGGAUCUAUGUUCGUGGGUUUGAAACUUUUAUUUCUGAUUUCAAAUUAAUUAUUCAACAUUUUUCAGAAAUUGAUGCUCAAAACGUCAAUGACUAUGCUCAUCAAUUGAAAGAUCAAGCUGCUCCAUUGAAAGAUUUUGUCAGUGAACAAUACGAAAACUUGUAUUAA